AUGACUGACAACGAAGCCAAUGGCUUUUGCCGAGUCAUCGAUUGCUACAACCUGUCAGAGACUUCGAUUCAAGCAUAUCCUGACAUCUCGGGCAAUGGUGUUGUGAUUGGCUUCAUGGGAACAGCCUAUCUUGUACUUCUAUUGGUCAUCGGCAACUAUUUUCUUGCAUACGACCCCACGGAUUGUCCUUUUCAAAGCGGCAACUCAAAGAACGAGAACAUAAACAGAGAGCUGUGGCGACCAAAUCCGAUUGAUGAGCGGUUCCUCAGGUGGGUCAGGAAGGGACCGUUGGUCUUUACGGAUGAUACCUGCGCACGCCUUCGAACGGCAUUUGAUGAGUCAGUAAUCAUGCUCUGUGAUGUGCAAGUCGUCACUGGCCUCGGCAUUCUUAUCAGCGGAUUUGUCCUCUUGCGAUGUGGUCUGGACGCUAUUCACUGGCAAAUAGCCGUCUUCUUAGCGUGGUUCUUUACUGUCACCCAUCUUUCUGGACCAGAGGUUCUGCGAACUCAUCUUAACACCUACGUCUGGUCAAAGCAUCUCCGAUUCUCACUUAUGUCCCUUCUCCUGAUCCUUCUCUUAGUGGGCAUCGUACCCACUGGAUUCUUCAGCCUGCGGAACAGGAACUUUUCCUCGCCAGCCGUAUGCUACUUCGACCUGAAGUAUGGCUUCUGGCGAUUCAAGGAAACCUUGAGUCAAAGCGACUUCCCGGAGAUGCAGCUGGAACGUACACCCGCAUACCAGGCUAUGGUGUACUCCAUGGUCUUGCUUGUUCUCGGCUUUGGUACCCGAUCUAUGAAGUUGCUCCACCCGUUGUCUAGGACGUUCAAGCUCAAUGUCAGACAAACGACGAGUCGUCGCGUAAGAAGACUUUUGACAGACUUUGCAAACACACCGGCAUCAUCGGAACGUAGGAAACUCCUCAAGACUGAGCUCAUCUUGAAGCCUGCUUUGGCAGGAUUCUUUAUGGUCAGGCUUACGUCUGACUUUUUCAGCUCAUCCCUAUUUGAGGUUCGUGAAUCAGAAUAUCCGAGUAAUCGAGACGAAUUGGCUGACAGUGGUCUCAACAACAAGGUCUAUUGGCUCUGUGUAAUCCUGGUCUGGGGCACUAUCAAGGUUCUCGGUACCCGCAAUGAGCUUCUUGGCCUCAUUGUGACCGCCGUCGACGAAGAUCAGCUCACGCUAGCUGAGGCGGAGAACCAGUGGACCUUUGGGCAAAUACUGCCUGUGAUACUCCUGUUCGGCCCAGUCUUCACGAUAUUCGGCACCUUCGUCCAUCACAUCACCAAGCCGGACUCUGCAGACUUUCAACACGAAGUCUAUUCAGAUAGUCGUCCCAAUGAGGCCACUAUGUCCGGCACGACAGUAGCUCCCAGUCGCGCCACAUCAUUCAGACAAGGGAAUACAAAAACACCGUCGAAGAAUGCGGGGCCCAAAGUGAACGUCGCCGACUCUCACGCGGGGUCGUACGACGCCGACGAGGCUUUCCAUCAGGCUAUCCCGCAUCUUGAAGAUUACAGGUGCGCUUCCUGGCUGCCCUGA